UGCGCGAACUAAUCAUAAAGCCGUAUGGCGGCGAGAGUGGAAAGUGUUUACACUGUUUACAGUGCGUACCUAUGACUCCGUAUUUAUGGCUUCUCGACCGCUUUUCCUCUGCCUUUUGUGUACAAUAGCAGCACUAGGCUCUGUCCAAGUUGCAGGGGUUGGCGUUGGUCUGGAGGUGACCAAAACGGUAAACGCCACCGAGGGCGAUCCGCUGGUGCUGCCAUGUGCACCUGCAGGUGGCAGUCCCGAGAGGACAGUCACCGUCAGCUGGAUGGUCAAUGGAAGCGUGGUGGUGCCCAACGACCGCGUCUCCAUCCAGCCCAACGGAUCACUUGCUUUCACGAGGAUUGUUCGUCAGCCCCCGCAUAAGUCAGACCAGGGGCUCUACAAAUGCCAGCUGAGAGAUAGUGAUGGCGCUUCACUGUAUUCGCAAACCUUUUCCCUCAUAAUCAAUGGGGUUGAUCUUGGUCUGGAGUUUGCUCGGCAGCCAGCCAAGACAGUUAUCGCCUCCAAGGGCAAGCCACUGGUGCUGGCAUGCGCCCCUGGAGGUAACAGUCCCGAGGGGACAGUCACAGUCAGCUGGCUGGUCAACGGAAGCCCAUUAGAGCCCAACGAACGGGUCUUCAUCCAGCCCAAUGGAUCACUUUCUUUUAAGGAGAGUGUUCAGGAAUCUGAUCAAGGGUUGUACCAAUGCAAGCUGACUGGCAGCGAUGGCGCCUCCCUGCUCUCGCAAACCUCUUCCCUCAGAGUUGCAGGGAUGGCCGCCAAAUUCACACAGUCUCCAAAGAACUUGAGCGUUGAAACGGGGGAUUCCGCAAGACUGAGUUGCCACAUUGAAGCGGUACCAACCCCUGUCGUGCUUUGGGAGAGGGGUGGAAAAACCUUACCUCAGGAUCACAGAUACCAAGUGUUGCCCUCAGGAGUUCUCCUAAUUGACACGGUGCAGGCCUCUGAUGCAGGGUCGUACCGUUGCGUAGCUACCACCAAGAAGAACAAACGCGUCAGCACCGACGCCCAUUUAGAGGUGGUGCCAGCCUCGAAAAUUUUCAGACCUGUCGAGAUACUGGCCGACUCAAAUGUAGUAGACAUUCAGGUGCAUACGGGUGAAGCCUUGUUUUUGGAGUGCGGGGCUUCUGGCUACCCUGUGCCCUCGUUGCGCUGGAGCACACAACCUCCCGGCCAAGAGGAGCUUAGUUUAGAGAUGGCACCAAGGCUCGGUACCAAUGUCCUCUUGAUUCAAAACAUCUCUGUUCAGUACACUGGUGUCUACAUUUGUAAAGCCACCAAUGUGGACGCACAGAACAAAGAGCACUUUGCUCAAAUUAGGUACAAUGUGUCGGUGCUGGUGGCACCUAGGAUUAAGACGCCUCCUCAGAGUCUUAUGUAUCCUAUUGCAAAGACUGUGAAAUUUGAGUGUGAAAUAGACGGAGUCCCAAAACCAAAUGUUACAUGGUACAAAAAUGGAGAGCUCCUUCACAUCAAUGGCCGAAUCAAGCAGAAGGUUUUGGCCCUUUACCUCAGCAACACGGUCAAAGAAGACUCGGGCAUAUACCAGUGCCGUGGCUGGAACGAAGCUGGAGAAGUCUGGGCUGCGGCUCGGCUUAUUGAACAAGUCGGCAAGCAGAAGACUAAGGCAAGUCAUGUGACUGGCUUGACCUGCAGCAACAUCACUACCUCCAGCAUUUCGUUUACCUGGGAUGCAGUACCUGGAAAUGUCACAGCGUACACACUGCAUUAUUUCCCCACCAAUGGAGGAGAUGAGCGGCAAGAUGUGUCAAUCGAAAACGCUUUCACUGUGCAUCGGCUUGAGCCGUACACAAACUAUACAUUUUAUGUGAGAGCCUACACAAAAAAUUAUGCUGGUGAACCCAGCAAAAACAUCAUUUGUAGGACAGGUGAAGGUCGACCCUCCGUUGCUCCUCAGAUUAUCAUGCAGCCUAUCAGCCCUACAUCGGUCAAAGUGGCUUGGAAAAAACUCAAACCACACGAAGCAAGGGGCAUCAUAACAACCCACAAGGUCCAGUACAGAGUAGUAGGCACAAGAACGGCAUGGUUUGAUGAAGUACCUGCACAUGUUUACAACUACACCAUCAGAGACUUGACUCCUGGUGUGGGGUAUGAUGUGCGAGUACUGAGUGGGACCAAAGCUGGCUGGCCAGAGUUGAAAGCGGAACAGGACAUAUGGUGGUCAAUCGAGAUGCCCAAUGCCAACGACACUGUUCCUCUUGCUCCAGAGGUCGAAGUAAAAGGGAUCAACAAAGUGGCCAUUAAAGCUAGUUGGACAAUGAGCAGAAGGAAUCGAAUACAACCAAGCAAAUACAGAAUCACACUGUUGAAAAAUGAGAUUUUGUUUAAGGGGCCAUUGGACGUUGACAGUUCAACAAGCAGUUAUGUUUUUGACAAUAUAGAUCCCCAAGACUCCCUCAUGGUCCAAGUUCAAGCCCUUAAUGAAGAGGGGGAGGCUGGCGGGUCAGGCUUUAAAGUUUUCCAGCCUGAUCAACCUGAGGACAGCGAGGGGAGCCACCCUCCAUGGUCUCUUGACGCAGCCGCCACAAGUCCUAAUGCGAUCAAACUCAGUUGGGAAGGCUCUUCAGAUGGAUUUUUCAGCAUUAGCUGCCAAUCACUUGCCUCAGAAUCUGCCAUUCUUAUAAAUAGUUCCAAGCACUCAGUGCUCAUCUCGGACCUCAAACCUCACACUACCUACAAACUCUCAGUCAGGAUGUUCGACAAAAACCUCAAUCUUGGACCCUCCAGCCAAAUAAUAGAGUGCCAAACAUUAGAAGAUGUUCCUGGCCCACCAGCAAACCUCAUGUUCGCCCAGACAAACUUGACUGCUGGGAAAGUCUCGUGGUCACCUCCAGUGGAGUCAAAUGGCCAGCUGCGCUCCUACAGAAUCUACUAUACCCUGGAGGAAAAUGUUGGCAAGCCGUUGGAUGAAUGGCUCCAAGUUUCUGCCAACCAAACAUUUGCCGAAAUCACAGGUCUCACUCAUAGCAGCUACCAGUUGACAGUAAAAGCCUCGACUCAGGCUGGUUAUGGAAAAGCAGCAGACUUCAUGCCGAUUCGCUUGCUGAGCAAUGAAAUUUACUCAUCCGACAAAACAACAAGCAACCCUACCUCACGAUACACUAUACUUCUUGCCAUCUUGUGCGGCACAGCUGCGGUCUUGAUCAUCAUUGGAAUGGUUGUCACCUUGCGAUUGGCCAAGUCUUCAGUGCUGCGUAGUCCUAAUCACGAUUUACCUCAGACAAAUGGCAAUGGCAUGCACCACACAGAAGGCAUCGACAUGAUUGCCCUCAGUUCUUGCUCCAACAUUCCCCCUGCCUCACCAGCCCACCUCGACACUAAGGGUUGGUAUCCCACCCCAAAAGCUAAUGGUGCUCAUAGCAAUGGCCGAGUACCAAACGGCAUUUCAACCCCACUGCUAAACCAAGUGCACAUCACAGAGAACCCCCAGUUCAAUUCGCACGGAGAUGGAAAGAAUGCAUGUCCGUCGUGCCCUGGGCCUGGCUGCAACUCUCGGGGCUGCCCGUCGUGUCAAGUGGAACCUCUGCUGGCGGCCGACGUGACUCAAGUUACGGUGCUAGCAGAAGAUUAAGGUUUAGUUCUAUUGUAUAGAUUUAAAGAGGAGAAGUUUAACACAACAAGUUAUUCGAAAGAAGUGAACACGGGUAAACUACCUCACAGUCGGUACCUGAUUCUGUAAAUAAUGAAGAAUCUCGUUUUUUCCUUUCUGAAGUUAAACCGAGAAAUGUGCAUUUGGCUGAGUUGAGCUUUAUUAUUGCUCACGAUGCAUUUUUCAGUUAUUAUAUUUUACUUGAAUUCACAAUGACGGCUAAAAACAGUUCGAGAAAAAGAAAUCACGCAGCAAUAACACUUCAGUAUUUGUAAAUACGUACAGCAAAUUACAAGAGAAAUUUAGGGCACGGUUCGAGAAAAAUUGCAGAAAGUAAAGUAACUCUUUAAUCUACCUCAAGUGCUACACUCAGGGACUCUUCUCUCCCAGUCGUGUCAAGUAUUCCUUUUCAUUAAUUUAUCCGGAGCAACACACAAUAAGAAAUUAUUGUUUAGAACUUCCUUGCCGCCUGCCACUUUGACAAAUCGGCGUUCGUUGUGAGGUUUUUAGAGUAAUAUCUGCCCAAGAAGUCAUAAUGCCGUCAAACACGACACACAAACAAACAACACAGGUUUUAUCUGUUAAUUUCAGAGUAGUUUUUAAUAAUUAACAUUUUCAGAUAAAUCUUAUUUUUUAAUUUUUGUGGCAUCAUUACUUUGUAGGCGUAAGAGGAGGUCUUUAAUCCACACACCUCAUAAUUUUGAAAAUCCGUUGAAUCAUAAGUUAGGCUUUAAGAAAAGUGUUGCCCGCUGUCUGGACGGCUGCAGCAACAGUCACUAAGCUCGUAAAUCGAGUCACCGAUUUUAAUUUCCAAACAGUUGAAUUUUUCUCGUAAAUAUUCCAGGGAUAAUAAUCGUCAAUGGUUUUCCUUUGAAAACGUUGAUUCAGUGUGUGCGUGUUGAAGUCGAAAAGUUCAACUUUCAGUGACUUUCCUUUACAAGCUUAGUGAAUGGUUAAUGGAAGUUUCAACGUAACAGUGGCAUAGAAAUAAAAUGUAAUAAUAUUCGAUUAAUGUUGGAAAAGCUAAAGUUAUCACUAUCUUGCCCAAUAUCUCUUAAUGACGUUGCUAAGAAUCUUUUUGGAAGAGAAAUUAUCGCUGAUAUCAGAUUUGUUCUCUAUUUUUUAAAUUUCCAUUGAUUGGAAAACACCGUUCGGAUGCCGCUGUUUCUCGUCUGAUUGAUUUUAUAGUUCUAUAGCGUUGCCGCAUAUUUUACUGUUUGUGCAUUUUAAUGUUGCUAAUAGUUUAUUUUUUUAUUGUAAAUCUUUUUUUGGAAGAAAACCAUUUCUUUUUUUAUAUUUAUUACGUACCUCAAAACUAGAAAUUACUUCCAUCCACAGGGAUUUCAUUGGCGAACAAUCAGUUCGUCGCUAUGGCAGUGUUUGUUUUAGUUGACUUUUUCCAAUUAAUUAGACAAUUAUGUGUGUGGCUUCUCUCAGCUCUUCUACUUGGUCAUGUUUUUUCCCGUCUUGUCUCCUCUCUAUUUUUCCUGUGCGUGUAAAUAUCACACUGUUUCGUAUGUAGCAAUUUAAUCGUUUAUGCUUUUUCAAUGAACACAGUGUAAUGUCACAGAAGGCCAAGUAAAGAAGACGCGGAGAAUGGUUUUUUUACUCAUCCAAACACAAGCAAGCAAGGCAAACAAACACAUUUUUAAAAUGACGAAUAUAUAACUUUUACAAACUGCCAUCAGAAUAAAAAUAGGUCGCAGACAGACGUUUAUUUUUGUAUUUUUAAAUAAUAUUUAAUACUUAUUAGAUGGAAUAGGAGGAAUGAUUAAUUAUUGAAAAAUGAAGUAAAAACAAACAAACAAACACACACAAAACAGUUACUGUUCUCGCGUCAUCGCAAAAAAGAAAACUCGUUGAUCGACCGAUUUAUAUUGAGAAAAUCUGCUUUGUAUUUUGAGCCGCGUAGUGUCUGAUUUGAAUACAAACAGUACGCUGACUUUAGGGAAAUGCUGGCAAUUUCCCCCGACAAAACAAACAAAUUAAUACAAAAGGGGUGUCACUUUGCAAACAGUAAACCAGAAACAUAGGUCCCUCCGGCCUAAGACAACGAACAAAUUUUUUACUCAGCAGCUCACAACUCCCACCGCAUUCCGCGAAAAAACAAACCCUUGCAUUUUUCGAAACGUUCUCUGUCGGAUGGCUUGGAAAAGUGAAACGGAAAUUUCGAAUGUUAAAAUUGGAACCUGUAUAUUUUGAUUUGUUGAAAAAUAUUUUUGUAUAUUUUAUAUAAAUUGGACAUUGUUGAAAAUUUUUAAAUAAUAUUCGUUUUGAAGAAAUGAAAAAUUUUCCAAGCUCUCCUCCUUGUAUAACACAUGCAUAAUUCCGCCAAGAAUAAAGUUUGACGCAGCAUCAUUCCUACUGGCCAGAUUUGAUUAAUUUACCAUGAGACUUGUUAAAUAAUAGCAUACUAAAAUAAAUUACAAAACCAGAAGGAAUACACGCUAAGUAAUUCAGAACGAGGGGUCGUGCGAAAGCCCUGAACGCUGGAGAUGAAAUGUUUUGUCUAACUCCUGAGGCGUUUCCCCCCUGAACUGGUUCGCCACCAUCCGUGCCGCCCCGAAAACCAACCCUUGCUUGCAACUGCUCCGCACGCUUCUGUAGAAAUUUUUUUGAUUCACUCGCGCGCGGAGCGUGGGCUCAAGGGCGCGCGGAAAGUCGAACUACUCGCAGAUGUGUACAAUUUUUGCAAAUUCGCGCGACCGCUCUCCCUUUUUUAUUGAUUACCUACAUACACCUAUAUACUUGCAUUUGACUGAUUCACGUUUGUAAAUUAUACAUAAAGAAAUAAUAUGUAAUGAAAAUAAUAAAAAUCACACAACAGUCGCA